AUGUCGCGCCGCUACGACUCGCGCACCACAACCUUCUCGCCCGAGGGGCGCCUCUACCAGGUCGAGUACGCCAUGGAGGCCAUCGCGCACGCCGGCACCGUGCUCGGCAUCCUCGCAAAGGACGCCGUCGUGCUCGCCGCCGAGCGCCGCGUCACCAGCAAGCUGCUCGAGCAGGACACGAGCUCGGAGAAGAUCUACGCGCUCAGCGGCAACAUCCUCACUGGCGUCGCGGGCCUGACGGCCGACGCCAACUCGCUCAUCAACUACGCACGCAACGCCGCCCAGCGGCACCUGCUCUCGUACGACGAGGAGAUGCCCGUGGAGCAGCUGGCGCAGCGGCUCUGCGACCUCAAGCAGGGCUAUACGCAGUACGGCGGCCUGCGGCCAUUCGGCGUGUCGCUGCUGUACGCUGGGCACGACGCACACCACGGCUUUCAGCUCUACCACUCUGACCCGUCGGGCAACUACGCCGGCUGGAAGGCCACGUGCGUCGGCGCCAACAGCGGCACGGCGACGAGCCUGCUCAAGCAGGACUACAAGGAGGACAUCGGUGUGCAGGAGGCCAUGGACCUGGCCAUCAAGACGCUCGGCAAGACGCUCGACGCCACGAGCCUCGACGCCGAGAAGGUCGAGUUUGCAACACUCACGCUCACACCGGCGGGCGAGACGCGCCUGUCCAUCUUCAAGCCGCAGGACAUCGAGCGGCUGAUCCGCCGGAAUGGCCUGGGCAAGAAGGAGGAGGGCGAGGGCGCGACGUCGAACGUGGGCGCCUCGAGCGGCGGUGCGGGCGACGCGAUGGCCGUGGAUGCAUAG